AUGGGUCUUCUUUAUCCAACCAUGACUGAUAAACUUCCUGAUAAUGUUAAGCAGUGGACCCCGGAUCAUGUUGAACAAUUCCUUAGAUCCCGUAUUGGCGAUUCAAAUUAUAAUCAGGCCGAUAUUGAUAAAAUCCGAAAUCAAGGACUCGACGGUAGAGCCUUUUUACGCUUGAGUGAAGAAAAACUUACCCGUAAAAAUAGUCUUUAUGAACUCAAAUCAAGCCCCGCAGAAGGAAUCAUGGAAUUGGUUGAAGAACUCAAUAGAGAAUCAAAAUCACCUCCAGCGUCCGUUGAAGUCGUUACUGCUACCGAAUUUAAUUCGUUCCGUAAAGAGGUCAACAAAAUUAUCGAUAAUAAAAUUAGAAAAUUUCAUAAAGAUAUCGAAAAAGAGUUAUAUAGCAUAUGUGAGGAGUAUCCUAUAAAGAAACGUCGAAUAGAACAGGGUUGGAAAUCAUACACCGCCUCUGAUGGUCACUCCGUAGAAUUGCCAUUCCAAAUAAUUGACAUUCUUGAAAGUAGCGAAUUCGAACCUGAUCUGCGCAUUAAUUUUAAAACUGCCUUCCGGAACCUUCAUGUUGGCAAAUCAAUUACCCUACCACAUCUUGGACAGGAACCUAAACACUUCGCUGAAGGUCAUCAAGGAAGGACAUUGCUUGUUACUGAGCAGAUGAUUGACAUAUGGAACGAGCUUUCAACAGAUACUUAUGCUGAAGAAUGGCCGAUGCUCUACAUCGCAGAUGCAUCUGAUCUUAAUGUAGAAUCACCAGAGAAAGCAGGAGAGGUGAUUUGCAGAUACUUCCUGGCACUUAAUAAAGAUAUUUUGACUGCCGCCGAACUUGAGAAGAUUGUGCAAUGUGCUAGUGAUCGUAAUACUCAACAGAUUUGGAUUACCGUCGCUGAACAAAUUCUAGACUUAAUCAAAUUAGCACGUCGCAAAGCUCUAUUAAUUGUUGACGAACAUGGUGUAUUAUUUGAAAAAGAUCCAGUACCUUUAAGAAUUCACUUGUUAAGUCAUCUGAUGAACCUUAAUUUUUGGGGAGAACAUUACAAAUUUGCACGUGUAAUCUUUACGGGGACUGCUCAUGCUAGAUAUGAGAGGGAAUACAUGAAAAAUGGUCAAUAUGAGUUUUGGGUGAUCUUUAUUGGUCCACUACAGAGCAAAGUAUUUGAUAUUUUGUUACAGUUGCACCCCGUUCUGGGGAUACAAGGCAUCAAAGAAGCAGCAAAAAAGGUUACGAAUUGUGUGCCACGCGAACUCAUAUACCUAGUUGAACAUAUCAAAAAUCUCAAUAUCACUAAUGUAAACCACUUUCAACAAGUACUAAAAGAUUUUGAGAUUGAACGGGUCGACAGGAUUCUGGCUAUUGCUCAAAAAUAUUAUAAUGAUCUCCCGAAAACCGAAAAAACUCGCUACUAUGAUGCUCUCACAAGCAUGUUUCUUCCCAGUAAACCCGUUGUGCAGUUUGACUGGAGGUUCUUAGAUCUUGGGUUAAUUUAUCGGUACAAGGAAAGGAUUAUUCAUUACCUCCCUCUAUGCCCACCUGCUCAGAAAGCCUUAUUAAAAAUGUGCAUGUCAUUUGACCUACCUGAAAAUAUAAAAAAUCAACUCCGUGUAGGAAGUCUAACUGGAGAGCAAUUUGAGGAAGCCUUAUUAAAUCGACUUGUAUGCAAAUGUAACACACCAAUACAACUCAAUGUAACGGAUCUCAAUAAUAGUAAUAAAAGUGUUAUUACACUUCAGUUUAAUGACUAUGGUUGGAUUGAAAGUUCCCAAUUAUCCCUUGGACCUGGUAACGAUAAAGUCUUAGGUCGUGGCUUUAAUAGAUACUCCCGAUUUGAUUACAUGCUCGGACCUAUAUUUAUACAGGUAUCUAUCAGUGAUUUUGCUUCACACAACUACAAAUCAUCAACAAACAUCGGGCAAGCAUUUAAACCAAUGGCUGUACAAGCUGGUAUCUCUUCAGUGCAAAUUAAUGGAAGAAAUCAGAUCGAGAUGUAUUUGGAUGAGAUGUGUGGUCCUGGUCAUUCUGCUAAAAUGGAUUCACAAAAUAAGUUUGUUGUUACCAGAAGUGGCGAGCGCGUGCCUGGAUUUUGUAUUGUCUAUAUUCGAGGUAGUCCCGGCACUCCCAAUCACUCUGAAAAAGUUCGUGAAUUUCCCGACGUAGCGCAUGUUACCUUUGAGGAGAUCAAAAGGCAGCUUUUCCCAAAUAUAGUAUAA